GGCACGCGUGUAUAUAUACGCGCUACAGGCCUCUCCCGCGUCAAAAUUAUUGAAGGUUUAGAACCUAUCGAUCGAAUGGCGGCCUUCUCGUCCAGCAACGGCGUGCCGCCGGGAUUCCGGUUCCACCCGACCGACGAGGAGCUGCUGCUCUACUACCUCAAGAAGAAGGUCGGCUUCGAGAAGUUCGACCUCGAGGUCAUCACGGAGGUCGACCUCAACAAGAUCGAGCCAUGGGACCUGCAAGAGAGGUGCCGGAUCGGUUCGGCGCCGCAGAACGACUGGUACUUCUUCAGCCACAAGGACCGCAAGUACCCGACGGGAUCGAGGACGAACCGGGCGACGACGGCCGGCUUCUGGAAGGCCACGGGCCGGGACAAGUGCAUCCGCACCAGCUACCAAAAGAUCGGCAUGCGCAAGACGCUAGUCUUCUACCGUGGCCGCGCCCCGCACGGCCAGAAGACCGACUGGAUCAUGCACGAGUACCGCCUCGAGGACGUCGACGACGCACAGGGAGGCACCAGCGAGGACGGAUGGGUGGCCUGCCGCGUGUUCAAGAAGAAGUGCUUCUUCAAGAUUGGCGGCGGUGAAGGGAGCACGAGCCAGGGCGCGGAUGCCGGUGGCCACCUGGCCAUGUCCCCGCCGCUGGGCGGCCACCACGACCAGGCCAGGGUCGCCCUGGCGUCCCACUACACGCACCCGCAUCAGUACUACCACCACGCCUCCUACUACUCCCAGCAGAUGCAGGCCCCGGAGCCGCAGCAUGCCUACUCCCACCACGUGCAGGUCCAGGACCUCCUCACCAACCACCGGCCCGUGGCCGACGCCGUCUACGACUUCUCCGGCUUGCCGGUCGAGCACACAGCUGGCGGCCUAGACGUCGGCAGCAGCGACGGCGUCGCUGCGGACGGUGGCCUGCUGGGCGAAGGCAGAGACCAGGCGAGCGGCACGGCCGCUGAGCAGUGGCAGGCGAUGGAUGGGUUCAGCAACGGUGGGAGCGCGGCGGUGCAGCAGAUGACCGGCACCAUGAGUUCCGGCCAACGAGGUGGAGAGAUGGAUUUAUGGGGGUAUGGGAGGUAAACUCGAUAAAGAUCAAUGGAAAUCAUAAACAGGUGUGCAUGAGCUCCUGCAAAUGCGGUUUCUUGGGGUUAUAUAAUUUGAUUUGUUUGGAUUAGUUUUGGUGUUUACGAUGUGUACUGUAUAUGUCGUAUUAUUUGUUGCUGGUUUGGUGUAAUAAGAGCCAAGGAUACAUAUUGGUGUGUAAUCAGUGAUUAAAUUCUGUGUGCAUGCAGAAAAACAGAAGAAUUUAACUCUUUUUUUUGUCACGCAUCGAGUAUAGAUGUACUGAUGUAGAGCGUGUGUUUGGAUUGGAAGUAGGCGGCAGCAUUUGUUUUGCAUACAUUCUACUUUGUUUUGUG